AUGACUCCAGUUCCCACAGCCGUCCCUUCAAGCGAACCACCAGUCACCACUCCAACCGCGGUUCCAACCGAUGUUCCAACCGAUGUUCCAACCACUUUCCCAACAAUGACUCCAACUGCGGAUCCAACCGUGGCUCCAACCGGCACUUCUGCCCCUACUUCAGUACCAACCACUGUGCCACCAGGUCCAGGCAACAUUCCCUAUGGCCAGGUCAUCUCGAACUGUGUUGUCAAUGGCACCAUUGCCAUCUCCUUCGACGAUGGUCCAUUUGACUAUACCGCACCGCUUCUAGAUCUCCUCGACCAAUACGGCGCCAAGGGAACCUUCUUCGUCAACGCAAUGAACUUUGGCAACAUCAAGGAUUAUGCUGAUGUCAUUAAGCGCAUGUACACUAGCGGCCACCACCUUGGCUCCCACACUUACUCCCAUGCCGAUCUGGGUAAGCUCAGCGCCGCUAACGUUACAAAUGAGAUGAACAUGCUUGAUAGCAUUCUUGCUACCAUCAUUGACGGUAACCGACCAACUUAUAUGCGUGCCCCAUACUUCUCAUACAGCGACGUCGCCCUCAAGACCCUGGGUGAGCUCCAGUACCAUGUGAUCGACGCUAGCAUUGACACCAAGGAUUACGAGCAUGCCACCCCAGAUGGUGUCCCAAUCAGUCUCCAAAACUUCAAGCAGGGGCUUAACGCUGGUGGCAGCAUUACUCUUUGCCACGACGUGCACCAGACCACUGUCGAGCUCUUGGUGAAGCAGAUCCUGGACGAGGUCAAGGCCAGAGGCCUGAGAGCCGUCACUGUUGGUGAGUGCUUGGGCGACCCACAGGCCAACUGGUACCGUCCAUUGUAA